AUGGUGAAAAGACGUGGUAAAGCUAUCAAAAUCGAGCUGGAACAGCAACAACAACAACCGAAUGAGGUGAAUGCUGCGAGUAAUGCUACUGAAACAACUAACAAACGGCAGUCUGGAAGAAAGAAGUUGAAGAAGGAGGAUGGAAAUGAAAAACCGCUAUGGCAACAACAUCUUGAGAAUUUGGAAAAGAUUCGGGAGACAAAAGACGCACCAGUUGAUACAGUGGGAUGUGACAUGUUAGGUGAUGUGUUGUCAUCGCCUCAGACGUAUCGUUUUCAAAUCCUUGUCUCGUUAAUGCUAUCGAGUCAGACGAAAGAUGAGGUUACGGCGGCUGCUAUGCAGCGACUUAAAGCUCGAGGUUGUACCGUGGAAAACAUUCUGGGGAUGGAUGAGGAAGAACUUCGGAAUUUACUUAUACCUGUUGGAUUUUACAAGGUCAGUUCAUGGCUUUAUUGUUAUCACGAGGAAAUUGAUGUUCAGAAGAAAGCGAUAUAUUUGAAGAAGACGGCAUCAGUGUUGAAGGAAAAAUAUGAAAGUGAUAUACCGAGAUCAAUCAAAGAAUUGUGUUCGCUGCCGGGUGUUGGUCUAAAAAUGGCAAACUUAACGAUGCAACAUGCUUGGGAUCAAAUCGAGGGAAUCGGUGUUGACACGCAUGUUCAUCGAAUUGCAAAUAGACUCGGAUGGGUGAAAACGUCUACUCCAGAACAGACGGGUGCUGUGCUAGAAGCGUUGAUUCCACGUGAACGAUGGGCCACUCUCAAUAAAACAUUAGUAGGGUUUGGCCAACAAACCUGCACUCCUCUUUACCCGAAGUGCUCGACGUGUCUGAAUAAAGAUAUAUGUCCAGCAAUUGGAGUAAAGAAAAAACGAUAA